AGGAGAGAGGAGAGAGGAGAGAGGGCAGGUGGGUAAUUGGAAAAUACUAGUAUUGAGAAGGGGAAAUUGGGAAUUUGAGAGAGAGGGAGUAAAAUCCAUUUAUUAUGGCGCCAUGUCUCUUCUGCUCUCAUUUCAUUCAUUCAUUCAUUUCUGUGGUGUACGGGCAGAAGAUGAGGAGAGCCCAUCUGUUACAUUUACAACUCCAAACAAAACCACAACUUGAACUCUUGAAAGAGUAAAGAGUAAAGAGUAAAGAGUAGAGAGUAAAGAGUAGAGAGAGAGAGACAUAACAUAAUAUCUGAUUGUGGUUAGUGGUUAUGGCGAGUGGGUGGGUUAAGUCAUUGCAAUGCAAGUCCAGAGCAUACGAGGACGUCUACCACCCCAGCUGCAGAAAGAGCGUCCAAAGCAUCAAAGACGUAGUGCUCGACACAACCAGGCCCAGGCCCAGGCCCAGGCCCAAGACAGACCCCAAGAAGCCUCUCCAGAAACACCCCAGCUCCAGAUACCCUUCAACGGCUUCCAAGCCAGAGUUGGAAGCGAACAUCAACAUGAACCGUUCGCGGAGCGUGGCUUCCACCGCCACGCGCCACGCCGACCCUCGCUUCCCUUCUCUCACGGAACUGAGCGAGGGCCACCCUUCGCGGAAUGUCGUGGAGAUUAUCUUCCACACCAGCUGGGGGCCCAAGCCCUUCUCGGGCCUUGUCGAGAUGAUAUUCAAGGUCCACAACGGCCCGCGGACGGUUUCCCGCUUCGAGGAGUAUCGCCAGGCUGUCAAGAGCCGGGCCGGCCCAGCCCACGACGAGGAGAAUGCGCGCUGCGCUGCCGAUGGGAAUGAGCUCAUGAGGUUCCACUGCCUGGGUCCCGCCUCCGGCGCCGCUCCCUACGGCGGAGCAUGCGCUUUGUCGUCCUUCCCCGGCGGGAAAGGGGCCGCCAUCUGCACCUUCUCCGGCAGCGGUGGCGCCCAUGAGAGCUCCGGCGGAGGUCGGGGCAGAAGGGCCAUGCUGGUGUGCCGGUUCAUUGCGGGUCGGGUCUCCAAGCAAAUCGGGUUCAUGGAUUCCUUGUUGGAUGGACGAGUUGGGUUCGACUCGGUCAGUGGGGACAACGGCGAGUUGUUCGUGUUUGACUCGCGUGCUGUGUUGCCCUGUUUUCUUAUCAUUUAUAAAUUGUAAAAACACUUUUUUUACAGUUUGUCCUUCUAAUCCUUUUUUUUUUUUAUUUUUUUUUUAUAAACACCCUUUGAUUUAUUUUCAUUUUGGAUGUAUGUAUGUAUGUCGAUUGUUGAGCUAUUGAACUCAACCUACUUUUUUCUUGCAUUUA